AUGGUCUUCAAAUUGUACGGCAGCCCAAUCUCCACCUGCACCAAGCGCGUUGCUUUGGUCCUCCACGAGAAGCAGGUCCCCUUCGAGUUCCAUCCCAUCGAUUUCUCCAAGGGCGAGCACAAGGCACCCGAGUUCGUCAAGCACCAACCUUUCGGCCAGGUACCCUACAUCGACGACGAUGGUUUCAUCCUCUACGAGAGCCGUGCGAUCUGCCAGUACAUCGCCGCCAAGUAUCCGGAUCAAGGCACGAAGGGCCUCCUCCCCACCGAGCUGAAGGCCGCCGCGCUCUUCCAGCAGGCCUCGUCGGUCGAAAUGUCGAACUUCGACGACAACGCCUCCAAGCUGGUGUUUGAGAAAGUCUUCAAGCCUCACUUCGGCCUGACAUUCGAUCAAGCUACCUAUGAUAGGCUUUUGACCACCCUCACCGCCAAAUUGGACGCGUACGACAACAUUUUGAGCAAGCAGAAGUACCUUGCUGGCGAUGAAUUGACCUUGGCCGACUUGUAUCAUCUCCCUUACGGAUCCAUGCUCCCCGUCGCAGGUGCCAACGUCCUUGAGACGAAGCCCAACGUCCACAGGUGGUUCACGGAGCUCUCUUCGAGGCCGGCUUGGUUGGCAGUUAAGGACGGCGUGAAAGGAACCGCCUAG